GUGUUUGAUGGCAAACAGCAACAAGGGCAGAAAAUAAUCUGCUGAAAUACAAAAAAAUAAAGAGAAAACUAGUUGGGAGUGAAAGUAAAGUAUUGAUCUUUGAGUUUCGGUGACGGAUCUGCUGGAGACGUAAACUUGGACGUCGUCAGCGUAGCAGUGAGAGAGAUCACACCAAGAGAGACACUUUAUAUACUCUUAUGAUUUAAACUUGAAUUUUAAAGCAUAUUAUAACUAACCUCAGGCGUGUUCUUCACCAGGAGCUUUAUUAAAACCAUAUUUCAGCCCUGGAGGAUCAGACAUGCUCUCCUGGUGAAGUACUGGCCUCCUGCAGCAGGUCCAGGCUCACUGGGCCUCUUUCAGAUGUGUUUCUGCUUUAAUGUUAAUUAAAGUGUCCUUCUGAUGUGAAAUCAAUCAGUCUGUAUGUGUAUGAUGCCAAUUUACAUCAUCAGCGUUGUUGGAAAUGGUUUUAUAUUUUAAAAUGUCUCAGUGACCUGCAGCUCAGACGGAUCAUCAGGUUUGUCCUCAGUCAGCUGCCGUACAGGAGCAGACAGCUGUGUGACUGAAGGUGUGUGUGUGUGUGUGUGUGUGUGCGCGUGUCAUUGUGGGCGUCUCUGUCUGUAGCGCAGCCUCCUCUCAGGCCACUCCCGGGAAGCGCGCUGCUGUUCCGCCUCACCGACAGACGGACGGACGGAGCGUGUUCGCCCUCGGUGCGCUCGGCUGCGGUCCUCUCUUCUCUGCUGCCGCCUGUCCUUUCUGUCCUUAUCUCUCUGUGCGCGUGCGCGCGUGUCUCCCCCCCCCCCCUUCCUUCAGUCGUCUCCCCGUCCUGUCCUCACUCACUGACGGGUGGAAGUGGAGGCAUGUAGCGGCGGAUCCACGGAGCCGAGCAGCAUGUAGCACCUGGAGCAGCGCGCACACCGCCGUCUUCUGCUGCUGGAGCUCGUUUGUCGUCGCCUGCGCUCGGAUCGUUCGCGGGGUUUCGGUGCCGGGGCGGGUGGGGGGCUUUAUUUUAUUUUAGAGGAGUGAUUGUGUGUGUUCAUCCGCGCCGCUCUGCACCUCUCGGUCGAUGGUCGUUGAGGAAGCUUCCAUCUUGAGUCCCGCACACACCGAGAGCACCAUGGCGAGCGACUCCCCUGCGCGGAGUCUGGACGAGAUAGACCUGUCUGCACUACGGGACCCGGCUGGUAUCUUUGAGCUGGUGGAACUGGUUGGAAAUGGAACCUACGGGCAGGUCUACAAGGGUCGCCAUGUCAAAACAGGCCAGCUUGCUGCUAUUAAGGUCAUGGACGUCACAGGAGAUGAGGAGGAGGAGAUUAAAGCGGAGAUCAACAUGCUGAAGAAGUACAGCCACCACAGGAACAUCGCGACCUACUACGGAGCCUUCAUCAAGAAGAACCCUCCAGGGAUGGACGACCAGCUGUGGCUGGUGAUGGAGUUCUGUGGUGCCGGCUCGAUAACGGAUCUGAUCAAAAACACCAAAGGGAACUCUCUGAAGGAGGAGUGGAUCGCCUACGUCUGCAGGGAGAUCCUCAGGGGUCUGACCCACCUGCACCAGCACAAGGUCAUUCACCGAGACAUCAAGGGCCAGAACGUGUUGCUGACCGAGAACGCCGAGGUCAAGCUAGUGGACUUCGGUGUGAGCGCUCAGCUGGAUCGCACGGUGGGACGGAGGAACACGUUCAUCGGGACGCCGUACUGGAUGGCCCCGGAGGUCAUCGCCUGCGAUGAGAACCCCGACGCCACGUAUGACUUCAAGAGUGAUCUGUGGUCGCUCGGCAUCACGGCGAUAGAGAUGGCAGAGGGAGCGCCACCUCUGUGUGACAUGCAUCCAAUGAGAGCGCUCUUCCUCAUCCCCAGAAAUCCCGCCCCCAGACUCAAGUCAAAGAAGUGGUCGAAGAAGUUCCAGUCGUUCAUAGAGAGCUGCCUGGUGAAGAGCCACAGCCAGCGGCCGAGCACCGAGCAGCUCCUGAAGCACCCGUUCAUCAGAGACCUGCCCAACGAGCGGCAGGUCCGCAUCCAGCUGAAGGACCACAUCGACCGCACCAAGAAGAGGAGGGGCGAGAGAGAUGAGACGGAGUACGAGUACAGCGGGAGUGAGGAGGAGGACGAGGAGCGGGAUGUUGGCGAGCCCAGCUCCAUCAUCAACAUUCCCGGGGAGUCCACUCUGCGGCGGGACUUCCUGCGCCUCCAGCUGGCCAACAAGGAGCGGUCGGAGCUGAUCCGGCGUCAGCAGCUGGAGCAGCAGCAGAACGAGGAGCACAAGCGCCAACUGCUGGCCGAGAGGCAGAAACGCAUCGAGGAGCAGAAGGAGCAGAGGAGGCGGCUGGAGGAGCAACAACGUCGGGAGCGAGAGAUGAGGAAGCAGCAGGAGCGAGAGCAGAGGAGGAGGUACGAGGAGAUGGAGCAGCUGCGCCGGGAGGAGGAGAGGAGGCACGCAGAGAGAGAACAGGAGUACAAGAGGAAGCAGAUCGAGGAGCAGCGGCAGGCCGAGCGGCUGCAGAGGCAGCUGCAGCAGGAGCGAGCGUACCUGGUGUCGCUGCAGCAGCAGCAGCAGGAGCCGCCGCGACCGCCGCAGGACAAGAAGCAGCUGUACCACUACAAGGACCAGGCGCCCAGCAGCAACGACAAGCCGGCCUGGGCCAAAGAGGUGAUGCGUCGAGCUCAGAGCAACUCUCCUCGUGUCCCUCCCAAGAAGUAUCACUCCUUCAGGGAGACGCGAAACAUCAACCUCGACAACCUGCUCCUACUGCCCGGUUACAAACCUCGACGCGCCCGCCCCCCUUCCUACCCGGCCCACGUCAGCCCGUCCAGAGAUCACAUGAACGUGCCUCGAAUCCGCGUCACCUGCGUCCCCGAACACGCCUCCAACUCCUCCCAGCCGGUGAUGAGGCGGAGCCCCGGCAGGAGCUCAGACAGGAGCUCAGACAGGAGCCCCGGCAGGAGGUCUGACAGGAGCCCGGACUCGAGGGGUCGGAGCCCCGGCCGCCGGGUGGAGGAGCAUUAUAAGAUGAACAGACAGACUUCUCCUGCGUUGCAGCAUAAGGUCUCCAACCGGAUCUCGGACCCGUCGCUGCCGCCGCGCUCCGAGUCCUUCAGCAGCGGAGGCAUCCAGCAGGCCCGGACUCCACCCAUGCACCGCUCCGUCGAACCUCAGAUGGCCCACCUGGUGCAGGUGAAGAGUCACGGUCUGUCAGGCUCCCAGUCUCUGUACGACCCCCACGGCGUCUCCUCCACCUCGGCGUCGCCCUCCCCCUCCCGGCCUCCCAUGCCCCGGCAGAACUCCGACCCCACCUCCGACACCCCUCCUCCCCCGCCCCUCUCCCGCCUGGCGCCGCCCCUCGACAAGCUGGACCGCAGCUCGUGGCUGCGGCAGGACGACGACAUGCCGCCGAAGGUUCCUCAGAGGACGACCUCCAUCUCUCCUGCUCUGGUCAGGAAGCACUCUCCUGGAAACGGACCGGGCCUCGGACCUCGGGCCGGAGCUCACCUCAUACGGGCCAGCAACCCCGACCUGCGGAGGACUGACGUUUCCAUGGAGACGCCCCUGAAGAGGACGAGCAGCGGCAGUUCCUCCAGCUCCAGCACGCCCAGCUCCCAGGGAGGCUCCAACGAACGAGGUAACUCAGCCGUGAAGACAGACAGCUCCACACUUUCUUCCCACGAGACCAAAGACGACAACAGAGAGGUGACACGACCCAGCAGGCCUGCAAGCUAUAAGAAAGCUGUAGACGAGGACCUGACGGCUCUGGCCAAAGAGCUGAGGGAGCUGCGGCAGGGCGAGGAAACCAGCCGCCCGCCCGUCAAAGUGACGGACUACUCGUCGUCCAGCGAGGACUCUCACAGCAGCGAGGACGAGGAGGGAGAGGGCGGGGCUAACGACGGGAGCGUGGCGGUCAGCGACAUACCGCGCAUCAUGCCGGCGGCGAGUCAAGGUGCCAACGAGUCCUUCGGCGUGAUGGGAGGUCACAACGACGCCCAUGAUGACUCGUACGGGAACAGCUCCCAGGACAGCACGCUGAUGAUGCGUGAGUACGGGAUGGGAGGCAGCGGAGGCUCCAAGGCUUCCUUCACACCGUUCGUUGAUCCGAGGGUGUACGGGACGUCGCCGACUGACGACGACGACAACAUCUCUGCCUCGGCGCUGUUUGCUGACGAGCUGCUGAAGCACGAGCAGGAGCAGGCGCGGCUCAACGAGGCCCGGAAGAUCUCGGUGGUCAACGUCAACCCGACCAACAUCCGGCCGCACAGCGACACGCCUGAGAUCCGCAAGUACAAGAAGCGCUUCAACUCCGAAAUCCUGUGCGCGGCUCUGUGGGGCGUGAAUCUGCUGGUGGGGACGGAGAACGGCCUGAUGCUGCUGGAUCGGAGCGGUCAAGGCAAAGUUUACAACCUGAUCAAUCGACGGCGCUUCCAACAGAUGGACGUCCUGGAGGGCCUCAACGUCCUGGUCACCAUCUCAGGGAAGAAGAACAAGCUGCGUGUUUACUACCUGUCCUGGCUGAGGAACAGGAUAUUACACAACGACCCUGAAGUGGAGAAGAAGCAGGGCUGGAUCACAGUCGGCGAGCUGGAGGGAUGCGUUCACUAUAAAGUCGUGAAAUACGAGAGGAUUAAAUUUUUGGUGAUCGCUCUGAAGAACGCGGUGGAGAUCUACGCCUGGGCGCCUAAACCUUACCACAAGUUCAUGGCCUUCAAGUCGUUCACCGACCUGCAGCAUCGCCCUCAGCUGGUCGACCUGACCGUGGAGGAGGGGCAGAGGUUAAAGGUCAUCUACGGCUCCAGCGUCGGCUUCCACGUCAUCGAUGUGGACUCUGGCAACCCCUACGACAUCUACAUCCCCUCACAUAUUCAGGGUCAGGUGACCCCGCACGCCAUCGUGGUUCUGCCCAAGACGGACGGCAUGGAGAUGCUGCUGUGCUACGAGGACGAGGGCGUCUACGUCAACACCUACGGACGCAUCACCAAAGACGUGGUGCUGCAGUGGGGCGAGAUGCCCACCUCCGUCGCCUACAUCCACUCCAACCAGAUCAUGGGCUGGGGAGAGAAGGCCAUUGAGAUCCGCUCCGUGGAAACGGGACACCUCGACGGAGUUUUCAUGCACAAGCGAGCUCAGCGACUGAAGUUCCUGUCGGAGAGGAACGACAAGGUCUUCUUCGCCUCGGUGCGCUCUGGAGGCAGCAGUCAAGUCUUCUUCAUGACCCUCAACAGAAGCUCCAUGAUGAACUGGUAACGCCUCUCCUUCGACCCGCAACCCUCCUCUUCUUCACUCUGAACAUCGGCCGACAUCAGGAGAGAGGGGCGAAGGAAAGACAGGAGGACAGUGUGUGUGUGUGUGUGUGUGUGUGUACAAUGUGAGUGUGUUUGUGGAGGACAACAACGAGCUGCUGAACAGACGAUCAGACAGCUGGAGUUAAUAGACGCCCUCCACCUGUAGGGGGCGCUACAGGCCCAGUGACGGUGUCACAGCGGACCGGACCUUGGCCUUCCCUGUGGACUGUUGGACUGUUGGACCGGGCUGAUGGUCGUUCUUGAGAGAUUUGACUUUAAAGCACGCCGACAUCACGCCGAGUAGCCUUUGACUUCCCCGUGUGAUGGAGCGGGGAGCUGUAGAGAAGUUCUCUGUGUAGCACAUUAACGAUUUCUCACAGGGUGUUCACACUGCGAGUACGAUCUGUCGGCGCCGGUGUUCUGACUUCACUCAGACGUCUAGAACUGCGCCGUGUUCAGGUAGCAUCACUAGAAAAAAGACAACUCGAGCUCGUCAGUGACGCACAAAGUGGAUGCAACCAUUUAAACCAAGUGUCCAAAUGUGAAAGUCAGUCGAAGCAGAAUGCAGUCCACACGUAGCCGGGUAAAGUUCUUCUCUCCACGCUGAGCUUUUCGAAAAUGAAGUGGAUGUCUGUUUUCCAAGUUGACAAUCACAAGACAGAUGUGGUGAAAUCUUGGGUCAUCAGUUCAAACCCUGGUCACCACCUCGUCCAACGCAACUCGGAGACUGAGCGCCACCUAUUGGCCUCGUCUACAACUCGUCCGAUAAAAUACGCCAUGAAAACACACAGAGUCGAGCUCAGCAGCCAACAGCUCCUGUGGCCAAAGUCACUUUUCAAUCUGUCACUCCGUCAACAUUUAAGAAAGAGUUUCGAGGCCUCAGGAUCCCAAACAGCCGAGUAUUUAAUGAAUCGGAUAGAAACAGAAACAAAGCAAAGAUCCAAGACUGUGUGCAGAAAUGUUUAAAGAGUAAAGGAAUCCACUGAGGCCCAACGGUCCACUUUAUCAGAACCAGAAGUAAAAUGGUGUCUGUUCUGGGCCGAGACGCAUCCUGCAGCCAAGUCUGAUUCAAAUCCAUUCUGUGGUUUUUGUGUCAUCGUGCUGUCAAACCAACCAACAACAAACAAGAUGAUGAAAACUUCUUGUCAGUGUCUUUACUAGUUCUUUGACUAAACAACGCUGCAGACAAAUCUUACAAAACUGAAAAUAAUAAUGCUCGUAUCAAACAGCCCGGCACACGGAGAAGAUAUUUUACAGCGGACAGACGCCUUAAAGUGAGGCUCCAGUCUGAAGAGAGAUCUUUACAAAACAAACGUUUCUACAUUAGCCGGCUACGUGUGGACGAUCAGCCAAACGAUGGUUUCAAAUAACACAUCUGAUGGUUUUUAUCAUCUGAAUCCCUUCUGAUGCCGAUGUUCUCUAGACUAACAUCUUGUAGCAACAACAAAAAAAAAAGAAAAGUAGCGCCGUCAGUUUUAUACCAGACGAAGCUCCAUCAGGAUGGUCGUCCUCCGUGUCGCUGCUGCUGCUCACAGUGUGAACACUCACCCGGAGCGCCGCUGCUGCUGAAACACCUUCUGUUCCCCCGUUUAGGAAACAACAUCGAGGAUGCUGCACGGUCAAGUUUCAGCUACUGUGUCCUGGUUAGGUUUCUGGUUUUGGGGAAGGAAGGUUGUAGAUAUUGUAUUAUUGCUGCAGCAGCAACACAACAACAAAAAAAAUCUUCACAUCGUUUCUCGCAGGAGGAGUUUGGCGUCAGUGUCGUCGCCAACUUCUGGACGUUUCUACUUUUUGCUGCCCCUUUAGUUCUCUCCACCUUUUUCUGUCCCUGCUGUUCUGUGUCCACCGCACCUGUGUAAAUACUCACCUCGAUGUUACAGACUGACUUUACGAAGCAGGUGAGAACACUGAAGAGGAGAAAAAAAAGAUAACAGUCUGGCUUUUUUUGUCAUCCCUCUGUGAAUCUGUCCGUUCUGUAGUUUCUCUCAGAUUGGAGGUUUUUUUUCUGACCGAGCGAAGACUCACACAGGAAGUUUGGUCCGGGACACGAGUUGACUCUAUUUCUCUCUCCGUUAAUCCAUCGCUGUUUAUUUAGUCGUGCACCUCGCAUGGCGGCACACGUGUUCUUACCUGUCGUCACUCGUUCUGAAUUGUAAGUUUAAGGCAAUACACUGACUGGUCUGACUGCAGACGCUGAGACUCUUUCUACGGGAGCCCUGAAGCAUUUUUCCGUCACAACACUGAGCUGUAUAGUGAAAGUUUUAACUUAGCUUAGCAUCUGGGGCUUUUUAUCUCACGGAGUAAGUCAGAUAAGUCAAAGAUUGUACACUGGAUGAUUAUACAUUUGCCAUUAAAGUUAUAUUUUAGGCAUUAAGAGCGAGCAGGACGGGGCUCCGCAUCACUUUGGAUGACGUUUUUUCUAUUUUUCACAGGGUUGAAACUUUGACGAUGUUCUCUGACGUUUGUGGGAUCAAGACUGCGAGAGAGUUUAAAAAAGUGGAUCAUCUUUUACUUGAUAUUUUCUGUUAUUGUUCGUUGACCUUAAAGGAUGCGAUGGGUGCAAGCGAUGCCAGCUGAAGCCUUUUACAUGUGCAGGAUGUGAGUGUUAAUCAGCACCCUGUGAAUAAAGGUCAGGAGGCCGAGGGUCAGGUGGAGAAACCAUAGAUGAAAAAAGAUAUAUAUACUGUAAGAGUUCUCGUUAUGAUGAUGAUAUCUUACUGAUCAUUUUAGAGAAAGACAAAAAAAUAAUAAUGUUCACUUAUUAAAAGCUUAGUUGUCUUUCUACAGAAUAGAGAACAUAGCUAUAAGAGUUUCUAAAAAAAGAAAAAAAAAUACAAUGUUUUUAUUGUGGUAUUAUUUGUAUUUGUAUUUCAAUUUUUGUACGUAUCAAGACUGUGAACGUAUGUAUGGCUGUCAGCCUGUGUGAGAGUGUGUGUGUGUGUGUGUGUGUGUGUGUGUGUUGGAGUGUGUAGCUGAGCAGGUGUGUGUGUGCACAGGUGUGUGACAUGCAUGUGAGUGUAUGUUUUCACCUCGUCUGAAUCACUGGAAUCAGUCAGAAAAGACGACCUCAAUCUGGUAACACACAUCUGUGAUGUUGGAACUUCUACAAUAAAUGUCCUCUCCUUGUACAGCGA